AUGUCUGCUUCUCAAGAAGACGAGGUCAAGAGAGGACCCGGUCGCCCUCGAGUGUUCAAGGUCGAGCAACGGCCGGGAGAAUCGUUCGAUGCUGCGGUUAAGCGCCAAGCCAACGAUCGACAUCGUCUCAGCGUCAAGCAGCGCCUGAUCAAUAUGAGGGCCCUUGUUGACGAGCUUCUCACCCUCGAAAUCCACCACGAAAAAUGGAUGGAAGUGGUUCCCCUGAUCGAGAAGCUCCAGUCGAUGAGGCCCGGGACCCGCGUACCCAAAAAGAAAGCUGAAUACCUUCCGAGCAACCCGGCCCGUAAAAGGGCCCAGGGCGCCGAGGCAAUCCGCACUUUCCGCCAACGGCAAAAAGAAGAAGUGAAGUACUUUUGGGACGUGAUGAUCCUGAACAUCAGACCGAUUUUGCUCGAGACUUCGGGUGCCGAAAUUCUUCAACUGGCCCAAAAGUAUGGUGUUCAAUUCGAUUUG